GAGGGACCUAGGCGGGUUCUGCGCGCAGAGCUAGCUGGGUAAGGCCAAGAUGGUUGCGUCUGCUUAGUACCCGUGUGAGGCCGGCGUCCACGAUUCUGGCCAUCUCCUUGAAAGCCACGUCUGACCUUGCCGUUGUGCUCGUGCAGUGUGCUUUUGUAGGGAAGAGACGACAGCAAUGGCAGGCAGCCUCUCCAGGGGGGCAAGCAGGGGCUUAUGGGGCUGGGUGCCCCUGGCCUGCAGAAGCUUCUCUCUGGGUGUUUCUCGGUUGUACCGUGUAAGGCUCACCCUCCCGCCCACUAAAGUGGUUGAUCGUUGGAGCGAGAAGAGGGCCAUGUUUGGGGUGUAUGACAACAUCGGGAUCCUGGGAAACUUUGAAAAACACCCCAAAGAGCUAAUCAAGGGCCCCAGAUGGCUUCGGGGGUGGAAGGGGAAUGAAUUGCAGCGUUGUAUCCGAAAGAAGAAAAUGGUUGGAAAUCGGAUGUUCCUUGACGACCUGCACAAACUUAAAAAGCGCAUCAGCUAUCUCUACAAACACUUUAACCGACAUGGAAAGUACAGAUAGAAGAGAAAUCUGGGAACCGUGGAGGAGGCACACAGAUCACCCAGGAGAAGGGGAACAGUACUUUUCCUUAUGAGGAAAGGAAUUUGUAUGCUCUCUAAUAAAAUGGGGCUCUUCGGAAUCUCUUAUCCACACAUUUUACUUUAACUCAAAUAUGUUGAUUGCAGAAGUCUGACUCAUCCCUAAUUCUUACAAUCUUGGGUUUGGACUUCACCACUUGCCCUUUGCAGUCUAGCCAUACUUAUGGCCUUUAAAAAAGAAAAUAGUUACUGGCACUUUUUGACAUUUGGCCCUUCGUAUUUUGAAAGUGGUAAUAUUAAUUGCCCUGUAAUACUGUUAUGUUAAAUAUUUUUUGAAAAACCCUUACACAAUAAGAAUAAAAUAUAAGUGGAAUUGCACUUCACUAUUCUCAUCAAACAAUACUUACUGGGUACUUUUUCUGACCUGAGAACUGUAGAAAAAACAAAGUGUAGCAGAUUUAAUGCUUUUGUAGUUAGGGGUACAAAGUUAUGUUUUUACAUGUGCACUUUAAUAUGAGGCAUUAAGUAUUGUGUAAGUGGUUUGCAUGGGUGAUUCCUAAGCCUGACUGAUCAUCAGAAUCAUCUCAGUAAUUUAAUUCAAUUUCACACAAUUUCAAAAGUCUGGUCCCUAACUCCAAGUGAUCUGUAGAUCCAAGCUGAGCUGAGUCUUGCACAUCUGUGUUUUUUGUUUGUGUGUGUGUAAUACUUAAAAAAAAAAAAUGCAUAUAUAGUGCAAAAUUUUAAAAUUAUGAAAGGGUAAUUGGAUAAAAAAUUCCCAGCCUGUU